AUGCCGAACAAACCUCGCAUUGGAUUCCUCCGUACUGGAGCCGUCAUGGGGUUUCUCCCAGACACGCCGCGGAACCACACGACUGCAUUUCUCUCUGAAUUGGCCGGUACAUUCAUGUUCUUAUUCUUCUCCUUUGCAAUUGCGCAAGUUGCAAACACCCCACCACCAGCAUCGAAUACAGAUACAGCCCCGAGCGUUACCAAGAUCUUCUUUAUUGCUACCGGCUUCGGAUGCUCUGUAGCGGUCAAUGUCUGGCUAUUCUACCGAGUCAGUGGAGGGAUGUUCAAUCCUGCGGUGGCUUUGACACUCUUCCUCGUCGGCGCCAUACCUAUCUCACGCUGUACUGUUGUCAUUGUUGCUCAAAUAGUCGGCGGAAUUGCCGCAGCUGCAGCGGUAUCAGCCACACUGCCGGGACCUAUGGCAGUGAAUGUCCGACUUGGAGGCAACUGCACUGUCGUGAGAGGGCUUUUUAUUGAGAUGUUCUGCACGUUGCAGCUGGUCUUCGCUGUUAUCAUGCUUGCUGCUGUAAAGCAUAAGGCUACGUACCUUGCCCCGAUCGGAAUCGGCAUUGCGCUGUUUAUCGGCCAUCUUUGCAGUGUCUACUACACCGGCGCUGGCAUAAAUCCUGCGCGAGCCUUUGGGCCCGACGUCGUCUCCCACAGCUUCCCUGGCCAUCACUGGAUCUACUGGGUCGGUCCAGUUUUAGGGUCUCUCGUCGCCGCAGCAUUCUUCUACCUUCUCGAGAUGUUCGAGUGGAAGACCGCAAAUCCAGGCCAAGAUUACGACGACUUGGAAACCCAGGUAGUAACCCCAGGCAAGAAAACCGUUCGUCCAAACGUUGUGCUUCAGGCGCCUUUACAUCAGCCGGCGUACUAUGAAAAGGGGAAUCUAUAUUCCUCGGAGCCUGUAUCUUCCCAGGGUGCCAAAACAUUACAAAGUGGAGCCUCUGAUGCAGUGAGUCCUUCGUAUGAUGGCGAGCAGCAUUGA